UGUUAUUUUUGUUUCGAUACUUUGGACAAAGUGAUUUUUCGGUUAUGUUUUUUGCUGAAAAUUGAUUAAUUUUUACAUCAAAUCCAAAUCCAUCACUUUCGCAUCGUUUUGCUUUUAACAUUUCAAAAGAAUUGAGUUGAUUCAAUCAAUUAAUUUUUGCUGUUGUCGUUUUUCUGGUUCAUUUUGAAAAAAAUAAAUUGAAAAAAAUGUUGUCGAUUGGAACCCCGAAUGAAAAAUUAUAUAAACGACCAUUGUCAUCGAAUAGUAACAAUUCGAUACAAUUGGUCAAAAAACAAACAUCAUUGAUAACAUCGACUAAAAAUAAUCUGAAUUUGAUUCAAAAAUCAACAUCAUUGAAUGAUGAUGAUAAUAUUACUAAUGAUGUUAAUUUUGUUAAUCUUUUCCAUCAACCAUCUUUAAUCAAACCAUUCUUAUCAUCGCCAACGACAACAGCCUAUAAUCUUCGUCAAACAUGGAAUAACCAAUGUCAAUUUUUGGCCGUACCCGCACCAUUGGUUAUUGCUGGUCCAUCCGGUAGCGGUAAAAGUACGCUGUUGAAACGUUUGAUGAAUGAAUUUCAGGAUUGUUUUGGUUUCAGUAUUUCUCAUACCACCAGAAAACCGCGUAAUGGUGAACAAAAUGGACGCGAGUAUUAUUUUAUUGAUUCGGAAACAUUUGAAAAAAGUAUUCAAAACGAUGAAUUUAUUGAAUAUACACGUUUUUCCAACAAUUAUUAUGGCACCAGUAAAAAAGCUGUCAAAGAUGUUCAGAAUUCUGGAAAAAUCUGUAUACUUGAUGUUGAAAUAGACGGUGUAAGAAAUCUUAAAAAUACUGAUCUUAAUCCACGAUUUGUAUUUAUAAAGCCACCAAGUUUGGAAAUUUUGGAACAACGUUUACGUAGUCGUGGUACAGAAACAGAAGAAUCUGUUCAACAACGUUUACAACGUGCAAUUGAAGAAUUAAAAUUCGGUGAAAUCGAAGGAAUGUUUGACCUAAUCAUAACAAAUGAUGAUAUUGAAAAAGCAUAUAGUAUUUUGCGACAAUUCAUUCUUAAUGAGGUUGAAGCAUUGAAAAAAUCACGUGGAAUGUAAUCUUAUCGGAAAACGUCCAUCAAGAAGAUGAUAUAUAACAUUUCGAAUCAAAUUAUUGUUUAUAUAUCACACCUAACACACAACAUUAGAUACACACCAAAAUUGUUGAAGAAAAAAUGACACAUGACAAAUCCCACCAGUCUUUGCUUUUAUUUUUAUUUUUUGUUUUUGUUUUUUCCUAAUUUCAUUUAAUGUUCAACCGUGCACACGCACACACGCCAUUUUUUUUUAUUUUUGAAUUUUUUUUUUGUUCUUGACAAACAAAUCAAACUAAACAAAGACCAACAUUACA